AUCACAAGAACCCACAAAGUCCAAAAUGUCACUCCAUGACAGAAUAUUUAUUAUAAGGGUGUAUAAUCACAUGCAUGUAUGAGGGUAUGUCUAAGUAUAAGUGUACAUGUUUCAAAUAAACCUAAAUAUGGCCAGAUCUAACAUAUAAACAAUUCAUGGAGAUAUUUAAGUUUUAUAAUAUUAUGUAAAAUAUUUUGAUAAAAAGUUGUUGAACAACCGCAAAAGAAGGCUUUCUAAAAAGUGUCUAAUUCACUGACAGGCUUCUAUGUAUUUAUGGGACUUGUCUCCAGUAAAAAAAAGCAUAAAAAUGUUUGCCUUCUUGGCAUGGUCCCCCAAUGACUCUUUGGACUUCAUGAGUUAAUGUAUAACAGCUCCAAUAAAACUGCAACAUGAUGCCAGCAGAACCAAAGCUGCUUGUCAUCAUAAAUUCUAAUGAAAUAAAAGCAUUUCCUGGAUCAUUAAACAAUCAUUUUGGAUUCAGACAUCUGCUUCAAAGCGGAUCAGAUCGCGUCAGUUAGACCGUAUAGGUUCAGUAAGGCAAUUCUGCUCGCUUCCCUUCUUGCUUGCUCUUCCUGUGCAGAGAUGAGAGUCACAAACCACAUUCCUGCAGUCAUGAGGCGCAGCUGAUCUGAGUCACAAAGCUGGAGAGAGAGAAGGAGAGGAACAGGCCGAACACAUUCAGACAUGAAAAGAGCAAACUGGUAAACUGGCACCAAGCUGCUUUCAAGGAAUCGAUUUAAAGGCUCUUCUCUUCUCAGGAAACAACUGCAGCAUUAUUGACUAGGGGAUUCAGUUAUCACUGCUGCAUUCACAAGAUGGACUUUCAUCUCGACUACAGGAUCUAGUGACCUCUGACCUGAUGGAGGACAACAAUGGGGAUUGCCAGGUGACGGGGGAGACUGAGGUUGACAUUGAAAUCAGACAAACUAAAACUGACCAACAGACCAACAACAACAGAUCCACAUGGACAAAUGGCCAGUGUGUUGCUGCAAUCCCAACCAGUUCAACGUUCAGACCUAGAUUUGAUCUGUCUCUCUGUCGUGCCAAACUGGAGAGGAAUGGUUUUAGGGUUCCAGCCGGGGACAUGGAGGUUCCACUGAAAAUAGCCCUGGAUGUCCCCUCAGUCAGAAGAUACAUGGUUUUGAACUCAGGCCUUUUCCACUUUAUAUUGGCACCGGUGCUGUAUGUUGUAUUAUGGUGUGCAGUUUUCUCCACCCUCCACCUCUACAUCACUGUUACUGAAUACUGGGUCCUCAUUCUCUCCGUCAGCCUCAUCUCUAUCCUCCUCACUACUGCCAUCAUCUUCUUUCUUCAUCUCAGUAACAAAGACAUCAACGUGAACAUAGAUGUUCGGUUGGUCCAGGUGAAUGAGAAGAUGACGAAACACAAGUUGUUGGUGGGUGUUGCAGACUGGGUGCAGAACUGCACUGGACACAUGCAGUUGUGCUUUGUGUACUGGGACAUGUCCCCCUGUUUGAGGACACUGACUGAUAUUUUAGAGGAGUGGAGCCCUGUGACAAAUGACACCCAGAAAACCAUGAAGAGCAGAAUGUCACAUCUCGUCUUGGUGACGGAGCAUCCUCCCAUCGACCCCGAGGCUAGUGGUUCAGAUGUCGAGCAAGACAUUGAUGAAAACAGGCCUCUGCUGAGAAAUGAGGACACAGGAUGCAGUACGCCGUCCAGCCAGCAGGGGGACUCAAAGGUCACCUCUAACUACAGCCUUGUUCCUGAAGCUUUACUACCUGCUCAGGCUAAAGCAUACCAACUUCUGAUGACCUACAGCGCAGCUUACGUGAAGUUGCUGAUGUCUAGGAGGCUGUCGGGGCCGUCCCAUCAUCACAUGAGGCCCCUGAGAAAUCACUGCGUGGCCCCCCUCUGCCUCUGCCAGUACAUUAAAAAGAAAGUCCUUCAAUGAGAAAGAAAAUUACAAACAGCAACCUGGAUCUAAGUAUUGAAGGAAUCUAUUCUCCUAGAACCAAUGUGGAUUUAGGUUAUUUUUAUUCACUGAUGGACUUGUUUGGACACUAUACUUCUUUGUUUUUUUUAUUUUUUCUCUCCAUCCUGUGAGGCAGCUUGGGUUUUUUGCCUGACUGCUGAUUUUCUGCCAGCUUUGUGUUUGCACCACCUGGUUGUUAAUUUGUUUGCAUUCAGCCAAAUGCUGUCAGCCCAACUGCUGGGAAACAAUAUUUAUAACUGUUUAUACAUGACAAUCACAAACAUAGUUACUAUUUACCGCUGUUUAAAUGAUCAGUACAAAUAAUAAAUAUACUGUAGAGAUGUUUAAUUUAAUCUGCUGUGUAGUAAACUGCAAAAAAGAUCUUCUGUAGUGUCACUGUGAACUAGGAGACCUUUCCUUGUAAAGAACUGAUUUCUAUUUCUUUAAGACAUGCCUUAAAGGGCUAUCCAUUAAAAAGAUACAAUCUGAAUGAUUA